AUGGGCAGCAGCCAGGAGACGAGCCUCCUGGAUGAGGAGGUCGAUGACCGCGAAUAUCUGGACUUCCGGGAUUUCGCCAAAGACAAUCCACUUGCAACGAAUAAGGCACCGCCGCCGUGGGAACUAAGUGGGCCACGGGAGUAUGGGCCUUCGCUUGAUGUCAACGGACAGGAAGAGAGAGUGCUUUGGGGAUUGCACCUGCCAUACUGCGAAGGCGCGGUCACGGUCGAAGGGGGCGCGGCGAAUCUGAGGUACAACCAGAAAGCGGAGGGGUCUGAUACGUACCCAUUCGAGAAUCUUUCGGUCCUUCUACUCUCUCAAUUCACCAGCAAGUACAAGGUUUCCCGAGUAAUGCUUCGGGGAAUGUUGGAGAUGUUGCGCUUUGUAGACGACGACGGAAGCAGAUUCAAUAUCGACGAUCUCAAAGACGUGCAUCAUGAACACUUUCAAGCAAGGAGGCGGAAGUAUUAUCCACUCCUUCAAGUUGUGAAGCGAAAGGUUGAGGCUUCAGCCACGGCUAAAAAGGCCGGCGAGACGACAGCUGACGCUUACGACAUCCCUACCAACCUAGUCGUCGACAGACUGCUGAGAUCUGCGCCGUCGAUGGAGGAAAUGUUGUCCAAUCAAGGAGGCAAGCAGCUGAGCCGCGACGAGACUGCCGCCGCGGGUCUCGCGUCGACACACAUCUUCUCUGUGCCGGAAGAGAAAGCCGAUGGAACGAAGGGCAAUAACCAGAACGGCGAGCUUGCAAGAUCGACGCCUCACUUCGGGUUCGAUGGAAUAAUGGUUGGCAUGGACGGCAAGCGGAAAGUGUACGUCAACGACAUCGUCAUGUGUACUUUGGACGGCGUCGACGAUGCCCAACCGUGCCGGAUCCUAGCAAUAUACUGGGACGCAGCAAAGCUAGGAGUGAUGGUGGACGUGCGACGCUUCCGACUGGCAGCCGAGGUGGAUGGCCAAUCCUCCAGCUACUUGGCCGGCACGGACCUUAUUCGAGCGUGGGAGCAGCAGGAUGACGGCAAAACAGCGGUGCGGCGUGAGGUGAUCGAUGGCCCUUGCGAGAUGUACACAGCGGCCGAAGUUGCGGACAAAGUCCAUGAAGAUGAGGGUGCGAACGAGGCACCUGCGGAGCAGGACGCGAGACGGUAUUUUGCGGAGGGGUUUGUCGUCCCUAAGCCGCCACCAGAGGGAGGUCGACGGCGUCGUAAACGGGCCCUGGACGACGGUAACGUUUCUGUCACAUGCGACCGUUGGAGUCCCGAGGGGACGUCGGACGACCCUAAGUUCAGCAUCCGGAAGUCCGAGUUCAUGCACAACGUGGAAAACCAUCCAGCCGCUAUGCUACCCCUCGUCCAGUACAUCGACGGCUUCAACGCCAAUGGAAUGCAGACUAAGAAUUCCGUUGGAGGCACGUACGUUGGGAUGGGUUCAACGAGCUUGGCGUUACAGAGGAGGAGAGGCCAGGCGAACGUCGUAGCUGUAGCUUCCAACGGCUGCAGCUGUACGGGCGAGAUGGAGCUUCAAUGCCAAGUGAUGGGCGAGCUUCAGAAAGGGUGCAUAGCUAUUGUGGAAAUGCCGGCGGUAGACGGCGCACCGGCUCAUCGACUCAAGGUGUUCUUGCGCGGGGGGCUGUUGCUGCUGGUUGCGGAUUCUCCACAACGCGCUCUGAUGUACAAGGGAAAACACCCGAACAAGUCCACCAGAUUCCCCUGUAUCUAUUGCAUGGUAGAGCAAACGCAAGACGCGGAAGGGGAAGAGGGCACGGAUCCAGGGGGGCCGCUUGGGGAUCAGCUGUACGACAUAGAAUCAAACGCCCGCACCAGGGGGGGGUUGCUUGCAGCAAGGCGACGACUGUUGGAACUGAAGGACCAAGCGUCCGUCCAAGCCAAGGAAUCGACCGCGCUUGGAGUCGUUGCUCCAGCAAGAGCCGACGAAAGAUGGCUGCUGUACGAUGUCAUGGACAUUGUGCCUGGCAGGACGAUGCCCGUCGAAAUCCUACACGCAGAUGCACUGAAUGCGCAAGGUCUCGUGCAGAGAUUCUUCAUUGGCCUGCUCAACACGGAGGGCAGGAGACUUAUUUCGGCAACUUUGAGGCAACGCGAAGGAGGUAGCUCCAUCUAUCCAGUUGGCGAGGCCCCGCUGAAAGACAUCGUCACCGACUACGCUUCCCUCACUGGCAGCAAUAAAUGGCUCCUGGCCUCCAUCAUGCUGUUGGUGUUUCGACCUGUUCUUCACAGCGCCGCAUCUCUGUAG